GCGGCUGCCGGGCGCCGCCAUUUUGGCCGGGGGAUCUGCGGGAGCGGGCCGCGCGGAGGAGGCCGAGGGCGAGAGGACGGCGGCCGCGUGGUCCAGUCCGCGGAGGAGGCGGAGGAGGACGGACGGGCCCCAGCCGGCCGGCAGCGCCAGACUCGGUUACACCCACAUCCACCUCCUAAAAAGCUUCUGACUCUUCGUGAGCCUGCGUAGAUAAUUAUGGCAGACAAGUUAACUAGAAUUGCCAUUGUCAACCAUGACAAAUGCAAGCCAAAGAAAUGCCGGCAAGAGUGCAAAAAGAGCUGUCCUGUUGUUCGAAUGGGAAAGCUGUGCAUAGAGGUCACGCCCCAGAGCAAAAUAGCAUGGAUUUCGGAAACACUCUGUAUUGGUUGUGGUAUCUGCAUUAAGAAAUGCCCUUUUGGCGCCUUGUCAAUUGUUAAUUUACCCAGCAAUCUGGAAAAAGAAACAACUCAUCGAUACUGUGCCAAUGCUUUCAAACUUCACAGGUUGCCUAUUCCUCGUCCAGGUGAAGUUUUGGGACUAGUUGGAACUAAUGGCAUUGGAAAAUCCACUGCCUUGAAAAUUCUAGCCGGAAAGCAAAAGCCGAACCUUGGAAAGUAUGAUGAUCCACCUGACUGGCAAGAAAUAUUGACUUACUUUCGAGGAUCUGAGUUGCAAAACUAUUUCACCAAGAUCCUGGAAGAUGACCUGAAAGCCAUUAUUAAACCCCAGUAUGUGGACCAGAUUCCUAAAGCUGCAAAGGGAACUGUGGGGUCUAUUUUGGACAGGAAGGAUGAAACUAAGACACAGGCCAUUGUAUGUCAGCAACUUGACCUGACACAUCUAAGAGAACGCAAUGUUGAGGACCUUUCUGGAGGAGAGUUGCAGAGAUUUGCCUGCGCUGUCGUUUGCAUACAGAAAGCCGAUAUCUUCAUGUUCGAUGAGCCUUCUAGUUACCUAGAUGUGAAGCAGCGUCUAAAAGCUGCUAUUACAAUACGAUCUCUAAUAAAUCCAGAUAGAUAUAUCAUUGUUGUGGAACACGAUCUAAGUGUGUUAGACUAUCUCUCCGAUUUCAUCUGCUGCUUGUAUGGCGUGCCGAGUGCUUAUGGCGUGGUCACUAUGCCUUUCAGCGUGAGAGAAGGCAUAAAUAUUUUCCUAGAUGGCUACGUUCCAACGGAAAACCUGAGAUUCAGAGAUGCCUCCCUGGUUUUUAAAGUGGCAGAGACGGCAAACGAGGAAGAAGUGAAAAAGAUGUGCAUGUACAAAUAUCCGGGAAUGAGGAAAAAGAUGGGAGAGUUUGAGUUAGCAAUCAUAGCUGGAGAAUUCACAGACUCGGAAAUCAUGGUGAUGCUAGGGGAAAAUGGUACUGGGAAAACUACAUUCAUCAGAAUGCUUGCGGGAAGACUUAAGCCUGACGAAGGGGGGGAGGUGCCAGUUCUGAAUGUCAGCUACAAGCCACAGAAGAUCAGUCCUAAAUCAACGGGAAGUGUUCGUCAGUUACUACACGAGAAGAUAAGAGAUGCUUAUACUCACCCUCAGUUUGUGACUGAUGUAAUGAAGCCUCUGCAAAUAGAAAAUAUCAUUGACCAAGAGGUGCAGACGUUGUCCGGGGGUGAAUUGCAGAGAGUUGCCUUGGCUCUCUGUUUGGGCAAACCAGCCGAUGUCUAUCUCAUCGAUGAGCCUUCAGCGUAUUUGGACUCCGAACAACGUCUGAUGGCAGCUAGAGUUGUCAAACGCUUCAUCCUCCAUGCCAAGAAGACAGCCUUUGUUGUAGAACAUGACUUUAUCAUGGCCACCUACUUGGCGGAUCGCGUCAUCGUUUUUGACGGCAUUCCAUCCAAGAAUACACUUGCAAACAGUCCUCAGACCCUUUUGGCUGGUAUGAAUAAAUUUUUGUCUCAGCUUGAAAUUACAUUCAGAAGAGAUCCCAACAACUACAGGCCAAGAAUAAACAAACUCAAUUCAAUCAAGGAUGUAGAGCAAAAGAAGAGUGGAAACUACUUUUUCCUGGAUGAUUAAAUGGAAUUUGGAAAUCGAUAACCCAUAACUAAUUGGAAGAUUGUAUAAAACUAAUCAGGUUUUAGAAUGCCCCACUUACUCUGGAGCAUGGAAGUGAUUUGGUUUAUUAUACCAGGAACUAAUAAAUUGCAUUAAAUUAU